CGGUCAGCCUCCGUCAUAUGGAGCCGGUCUGCGCCCACACCGCGAUGGCUAUGGGGCUAACGUCGAAAAAACCCUCCUCUAGAAACGUCGCCGUGGAGCGCAAGAACCUCAUCACGGUGUGCAGGUUUUCAGUAAAGACCUUACUGGAGAAGUACACGGCUGAACCCAUUGAUGACUCAUCAGAGGAGUUUGUUAACUUUGCUGCUAUUUUGGAGCACAUUCUCAGUCAUCGCUUUAAAGGCCCUGGGGGCUGGUUCAGUUCAGAUGGACAGAGAAGUUUCUGGGACUAUGUGCGUCUGGCCUGCAGUAAAGUCCAUAACAACUGCAUCAGCAGCAUUGAGAACAUUGAAAACAUCAGCACCUCCCGAGCCAAGGGCCGGGCAUGGAUCCGCAUGGCUCUCAUGGAGAAGCGUCUAUCUGAAUACAUCGCCACAGCCUUAAGAGAUACUCGGACCACCAGGAGGUUUUAUGAUGAUGGUGCCAUUAUGCUUAGAGAGGAAGCUACAGUCCUGACAGGGAUGCUGAUUGGCCUCAGUGCCAUUGACUUCAGUUUCUGCUUGAAGGGAGAGGUAUUAGAUGGGAAGACACCAGCUGUGAUUGAUUACACACCCUACCUGAAAUUUACCCAGAGCUAUGACUACCUGAGUGAUGAAGAGGACCGGCGCAGUGUGGACAGCAGUGCGAGUGAGGACAGUGUAGCUGAGCAUCCUUACAUUCCCCUGGUCACUGACGAGGAGAGCUGGAGCACCAAGUGCCGCAAGAUGGAGCAGAGGUUCAAGAUUGUCUAUGCUCAGAAGGGCUAUCUGGAGGAGUUGGUUCGGUUGCGAGAGUCACAGCUGAAGAAUGUGGAGACGGAGAAUAAGAGACUAAAUGCUAAACUGGAGGAUCUGCAGGUCCAAAGCCAACAGGAGAAGAAAGAGCUGGAGGCCAUCAUACUAGAACUACAGGCACAACUGACUGGUGUGAUUCCGUGUGAAUCAGCCCAUUUGCCAAAAAAACAGUGUGUCUGUUUAAUCAACCACUGGCCAUCAAUGCGGGCUGCCAACAACCAAGGGGACGUAAAGCUGUUUCGCCGGAGAAGUUUUCAUAGUUUGACCUUCUCCAGUGAGGUCAGUCUGAACUCAAAAGAUUCUGUUAAGACAGAAGAGAAGCAGAAUGGAGAGUCUGCCUGGUGCUCAGCAGCUAAAGACACUACUCCAUCUAUGCUGGGCCUGUGUGGGUCUUUGGCCUCUUCCCCCAGCUGCAAGUCCCUGGCUAGCCUCAAAUCCAGCGAGUAUUUGGUCAACAUCAGCACGGAGCCCAGCCCUGCACUGUCCCCCAGCUAGGGGGGGUCAGAGUUCAGCCUAACUAGUGGAAAGAAACAUGACUCCUCCCCCUUUCUGACUAGAAAUGCGUCACUCCUCCUUCUCCAACUCAUUCAAAUUUAUUUCUCGCUCAUCAUUAGGAAAGAGCCUAUCUGCUCUGGUCAGGGACGCCUUGCUCAGCCUGUGCUGAGAAAGUGUUGGAUUUUAGCGUGAACGGUGAUGUAACCCCCCUCCAUCCCUAGUGAAUUUGUAGUAAUUUCCAUAUAAGCUCUCUUACAUUCUCCACCAUGCAGAAUGAUCAUAUGAUGAGAGAGAAUAGGCGAGAAUGAAUUUAUGAAUUUGUGCUUGUUUGUCUGCAUGAGAACUGACCUCCAUUCAGAAUGACUGUAAAUGUCUUCACUGACCUGAUGUGCUUGUGCCACCAACAGUUAUGCCUGGCGUUGUGUGUGUGAGUGUGGGCAGCAGCAAAUGUAAACUUAGACCUUCUAUAGCUCUGUUAUGUUUGUACAGCUUGAUUGGCUUGAAGAGUUGUGCUGCUUUGUUUAUACAUAUUAUAUAUUUUGUUAUGUAGUGGCAGUGCUUUUGUCUUUUUUGGCAAUAAAAUGGUCUUUCUUUUGGUUAUCUCA